AUGGCGUCGAACCAAUUUGUUGUUGCCUCUCCACCGACCGAUGCCAUUUCCGCCUUGAAGUUCUCUCCCGACCCUAAUUCCACACGAGUUGUUGUAUCAUCCUGGGACAAAAAUGUGUACCUUUACGAGCUGCGCGAUGAAAACGGGAAUGUAGGAGAAGGCAAACUAUUACAGAAAUUCGAGCACCGGGCCCCGGUACUUGAUGUGUGUUUCGGCGCAACCGAGGACGAGAUCUACACGGCCGGCUUGGAUUGGGACGUUAGGAAGAUUGAUGUAGCAACAUCAACCCAGACCGUACUUAGCAGCCAUGAAGCCGGCGUUCGAAGCGUCGUUUACAGCAAGGAACAUCAACUAGUGAUAUCAGCAUCUUGGGACUCCACAUUACAUGUACAUCGCAUUGAUGCCCCGGACUCUAUACCCUCGAUCAUUCCCCUUCCUUCCAAGCCCUUCUCCAUGUCUCUCACUGCUACGAAGCUGGUCGUCGCAAUGGCCUCACGCGCGUUGCAUAUCUAUGAUCUGAAGGCGCUGUCUCUCCUCACGGCUCAGUUGGAUGGUACUGUUCCGAACAAGGUCGAGGUCGAGCCGUGGCAGCGGAGAGAAAGCAGUCUUAAGUUCAUGACACGGUGCGUGGCAUGCAUGCCUGAUGAUGCGGGUUAUGCUUCUUCGAGCAUUGAGGGUCGGGUCGCUGUCGAAUGGUUUGAUCCUUCUCCUGAAUCGCAAGCACGGAAAUACGCUUUCAAGUGCCAUCGCCAAACGGCUGAUGAUGUCGAUGUUGUAUACCCCGUGAACACUCUUGCAUUCCACCCCGUACACGGAACCUUUGCAUCCGGAGGUGGUGAUGGCGUGGUUGCUCUCUGGGAUGGUAUUGCGAAGAGGAGAAUCAGGCAGUAUCAGAAGUACCAGUCUAGUGUUGCUGCCGUGGAUUUCAGUGGCAAUGGAAAGUACCUGGCCAUUGCUGUCAGCCCAGGAUUUGAAGAUGGGAAAGAUGACGUUGUUGAGGGGACGGUCAAGAUUUAUGUGCGCGAACUUGGUGAGACAGAGGCCAAGGGAAAGGGUGCGAAAUAG